AUGUUACUGACCGCGUUUGUUGUACGAUUUGCUGACUUAUGGCAGUACAAUCACAACUACAAGGAAGAUAGAGGAUGGUUGAUGAAGGGCUGGCGGUGCGAACUGACUGCAUUAUCACAACUCUACAAUCUCUAUUUCAUCGCGUGUAACGACACAAUACUCGUCUAUCAACCGGAAUUCCCAGAUCAAAAUAUCGCUCCAGACCCGCCUCUGAUCCUGCAUCCGCCGGUUUCGUCCCCAGGCCUUGAACCAGGAAUCGACGAAGAUGAUCCGCACUCCAUCACUCGCGUGCUUGUGGACUUUCUUGGAAACGACGAGGUUCUGCUUGCAACUUGCGAUGAUGGGGAUGUAGUCGGAUACCGCAUAGCAGAAAUUCAAAGAGCUUUGAACGAACUGUCCAGGCCAGAACAGGACGACGAGCCAGAUCAUGCUCCACCCCAGAUACCAUUGUUCCUGCAUCAGAACGUCGGUGCUAGCGCGUGGGGAUUGGCCAUCCACCGAGAAGCACGCAUCAUAGCGAUAAGCGCAAACACACACGAGGUCACGAUCCUUGCCUUUGCGCUCGCAACCACAGAGGGCGAAUCCCCCGAACUAGACGCAUUAGACUCGAUAGCCGCCACAGAUGAAGCGGACCCAGCAGACUUCCCAUCACCCCGCAAACACAACAACUUCUUCACCCUCAAAGCAGCCCACAAUGUCCCAGCCGUAUCCUUCAACAACAACGACGAAGAUCCCUCCGGCCGAUGGCUGUUUGGCACUUGCAUUACUGGGCAGGUCUGGCUCUGGGACCUCCACAGCUAUCCUAACAUCGCCAGUCGUUGCUUCCAGAUGGGUUUUUGCGCGAGCACACAGAAUGCGGACACAGCACCUCGGGCAGCUUUCGGGCGUUGCGGAUGUCUGAACUGGUCGGCGCAUCCGCAUGCUUCUUGGGGCGCUAUGUUUUUGGAUCCCCGGUCGGCUCAUGAGGUCUCGUCUUUCAGUGAGCCUCCGGAGUCGGCGCAACGGGCGCCUUUCUUCCACGAUUUGGGGAGGCUGAAAGGUAGAUUCCGAGAGUCGAAUAGGGAGGAUUUGGUGGAUGACGCUACAGCACAUGGUUCAUUAGACAUGUCUCUGACUCUUCUCAUGAGGAUGAAGAAGAAGAAGAAGAAGAAGAAGAAGAAGAAGAAGAAGAAGAAGCAAGCGAUGACGAAGACGAAGACGAAGACGAAGACGAAGACGAAGACGAUGAUGAUGAUGACGAUGACGAGGAAGAUCAGGACGAUGACGAGGAAGAUCAGGACGAAGACAUCCCGCCAACCUUCUCUCGUAAUCACAAAAGACGACAUCUUCUUCCUCCAGCAACCCUUCAACUCGUCCCCCGAUCCCAUCCUCACUAUACGCUGCCCCCUCCACCCCGGCCGCGCAACACAAUCCCUUCACGCCAUCGACCGCCAAUGCUUCUCCACGCACGUGCCUGAACUAGGCAUCUUCAUCAUCGGCAGCCCCGUCGGGCACGUUGCCAUUUUCGCGCUGACGAAAUCGCGGGAGUCAGGCGAGUUUGGCUUCGAACUGGAGUAUAUCCUGCCAUUUAAUAAGCGCGAUGAGAACGAGGUGUUGACCGUGCCGUAUAGGAGGAUGGUGGGCGUUGCGGUAGGCCCGGUACAGGGGGAGCUUGGGAGGGAUGAGGGGAAGAGGGGGAGGAGGUGGAGGUUGCUGAUGUACUUUAUGGAUCAUUCCAUGAUGAGUUAUGAGGUGGCGAGAAAGAGGGGGAGUGAAGAUGUUGGGCUGGGGGAAUUGGUUGUGUAG